AAGAUGUUGAGAAUACAGAAGUUCAGUGAACCAAUUCUUAUUAUGUUUUUUGUUUGUUUCAAGGCUGUCACUGAAGAGGUUCAUAAAAAGGUUAUAGAGAAAGUACACACGACUCAAACUACCCAGUUUCGAACUGUUCACUUGAAUAAUAUCCCUGUCCAAACUGUAGGCGGGAAAGUCAUUGCUGAAGUAAGGAUGCCAUCAGGAAAGGGGGAUAAACCAACCAUCAUAGACAACCAUGAUGGUACAGUCAGUAUUAAAUAUGAACCAAAAGAAGAAGGACUGCAUGAACUACAUAUCAAGUACAACAAUGAACACAUACAAGGCAGUCCAUUCAAAUUUCAUGUAGAUACUUUGGCUAGUGGAAAUGUGACAGCUUAUGGUCCUGGUCUUACACAUGGUACUGCAGGAGAACCAUGCAACUUUACUAUUUACACCAAAGGGGCAGGAUCAGGUGGCUUGUCUGUAGCCGUUGAAGGACCUUCAAAAGCAGAAAUCACGUGCCAUGACAACAAGGAUGGAACUGUCAGUGUUUCUUAUAUUCCAGCAGCCCCAGGAGAAUACAAGAUUAUGGUCAAGUUUGCCGAUAAAAACAUCAUCGGAAGCCCUUUCACAGCCAAAAUCACUGGUGAAGGGAGAAAAAGAAACCAGAUAUCAGUUGGCCACUCCAGUGAGGUUUCCUUGAAAGUACAAGAGAAAGACAUUAAAAAUCUCAGUGCUAGUAUUGUAGCACCCUCUGGCAUGGAAGAGCCUUGUUUUUUAAAGAAACUGCCCAAUGGCCACCUUGGAAUCUCCUUCACCCCUCGAGAGGUGGGACAACAUGAAGUUCUUGUGACAAAGUUUGGCAAACCAAUCCGUGGCAGUCCUUUCAAAAUUGAUGUCCUUGAGAGAGAGAUAGGUGAUGCAUCCAAAGUGAAAGUCAGUGGAUAUGGGAUUAAAGAGGGCAGGACUCAUGAAAACAAUGAAUUCAUGAUUGACACCAGGCAGGCGGGCUAUGGUGGACUGAGCCUUUCUGUAGAGGGUCCUAGCAAGGCAGAAAUUAGCUGUAAAGACAACGAGGAUGGAACACUAAAUGUAUCCUACAGACCUACUGAACCUGGUUACUAUAUAAUUAAUCUCAAGUUUGCCGAUCAUCAUGUAUCAGGAAGUCCAUUCACGGUCAAGGUGGCUGGCCCAGGUUCCAACAUCCAGAGGGAGAACAUAAAGAAACAGAGAGAUGCUGUGCCCAUCACUGAUGUAGGCUCUGAAUGUAAGCUGACUGUCAAAAUGCCAGGAACAAAUGCGUAUGACAUGUCUGCCAGGGUGACUUCUCCAUCAGGUGAGACAGAAGAUGCUGAGAUCCUAGAUUUGGAAGAUUGUCUCUAUGCUAUUCAUUUUGUACCAAAAGAAGUUGGUGUUCAUACAGUGAGUGUCCGCUACAAGGAUAUUCAUAUCCCUGGGUCACCUUUCCAGUUCACUGUGGGUCCACUUCAUGACUAUGGUUCCCACAGAGUGCAUGCAGGAGGUCCAGGCUUGGAAAGGGGCAUUACUGGUGAACCAGCUGAGUUCAAUGUCUGGACAAGGGAAGCUGGUGCUGGAAGCCUAUCUCUGUCAAUAGAAGGACCCUCAAAAGCUGAGAUUGAUUUCAAAGACCGAAAAGACGGCUCUUGCUACGUGUCCUAUGUUGUUCAAGAACAAGGGGACUAUCAUGUUGGAAUUAAGUUCAAUGAUCAACACAUCCCAGACAGUCCGUACAAAGUUCACAUUCUCCCUCCUGCUAGUGAUGCAAAAAAUAUUGAAUUGGGUGCAAUACCUGAGGCAAAUCUCCAAGUAAACAAGCCCUUGGCUUUCACAGUUCACAUGAAUGGUGCCAAGGGGAUGUUAGAUGGGAAAGUAAUUGCUCCCUCUGGAAGUGAAGAUGAUUGUUUUGUAGUUCCGAUUGAUGAUGACCAGUGGGCCCUUCGAUUCAUCCCCAAAGAAAAUGGCAUUCACCAAGUGCACAUUCGUCAUGAUGGUGUCCACAUCCCAGAAAGCCCCUUCCGCAUUCGAAUUGGCAAAGAUGAUGCUGAUCCUGCUUCUGUUCGUGCCUAUGGUAAUGGGCUAAAAGAGUGUAAAACAGGAAGCAAGACUGAGUUUACUGUAGACACUUGUAAUGCUGGAGCGGGUACUUUAGCCGUCACUAUUGAUGGGCCAUCAAAAGUCUCUAUGGAUUGUACUGAGGUUGAAGAGGGUUACACAGUCAGGUACACACCUCUUGCUCCUGGUGACUACUUUGUUAUCAUCAAAUAUAACGGGUAUCACAUAGCAGGAAGCCCAUUCAGAGUUCGAUGCACUGGUCCUUCCAUGGCAGACUUUGGUGAGCAUGAAACAUCAUCAGUUAUAGUUGAGACAGUAACAAAGCAGGCACGUCAGAAAGCUGAGAGCCUCCCACGUUUCCAUUCUAAUGCUAACAGAGUUACUUGUAAAGGAAUGGGAUUGAAGAAAGCUUAUCUUCACAAGCAGAAUACAUUUACUGUCAACUGCGGGGAUGCUGGUAAUAAUCUCUUGUAUGUGUCCAUUUAUGGUCCAAAAGGUCCCUCUGAUGAGGUGUUUGUUAAGCACUUAGGUCGGAAUAUGUAUCAAGUUAAUUACGUGUUGAAAGAGAGUGGAGAGUACGUGUUGGUUGUGAAGUGGGGUGAGGAGCACAUCCCUGGCAGUCCUUUUAAAGUGGAAGCCUCAUGAACAUUGCUAUCCCAUCAGUAACAACAAUAGCUCUGUGUGUGUGUGUGUGUGGUUGCAUUCAGCACUGGAUAAUAAUGCACAUGAAAGCAUGGUGUUUUUUUUUGUUCAUUUUGAGUCAUACAUUGUAGUAAUGACAAACAUAUUUCUCUAGAAAUUGUAUAAAAGAACCAUAAAUUCGAUUUUGAUUUAUUUUUUUGGAAUGAUCUGCCUUGUCUUGGUUCCUGUAACUUAGGAUACUAGCUCUUUUGUGCAGAUAGUUUUAAUUCUAAUUGUCAGAGGUUACUUUCUCUGGUAUCUAUUUAAACCAUCUUAUAUUUUAUUGGGAACAUUCUAGGUAGAGUGACAUUGAAAUCCAAAGUUAUAACAUUAUUUUAAAUAAUAAUCAGUCUAUUUUCUACAUCCUGUAAAGCAAAAAACUAUUUUAGUCUACUUUGAUCGCCAGUAAUUGUACAACUGAUAAAUUCAUGUGUUUGUUAACAUUUAAGAAUCUUUUGGCUAAAUUACAGAUUCCAGAAUGUUUUAAAAAUUUAAUGAACAAGUGAAAUUUCUAUGCCUCCAUUUCUAACAUGCUUCAGAAACAACUAUCUUGUGCUGAAUGCAAACUAUUAUUAUUUAUACUUUGUAAAAUAAUUUCAUUACUACUUAAUUAAAACCCUAAAAAAUAAAGCAUGCGUAAUUCGUUUUCUAUUUUAUAUAAAACAACAAAAUCCAAAACCCCUCUUUUAGUGCCAAGACAGAUAUUUUAUUAUUUAUAUAAUUUCAGAUUUAUUGUGCCUUAUUAGACUAAAUAUUAUGUAGUGAUUCAGUAUAGAAGUAUGCUUACAGAGAAUUUACCGUCCAUUUGUUAAACUGAGUUGAUUGUGAAAUCAUGGUCUAAUACUCUGUUAAAGAUAUAAAUGGUAUCUUUUUUUUAAAUUACACAGGACAAUCCAUUUACAAUAUGUAAAUGCACUAAAAUUUGCAAUAAAGCAAUAUUGUUAAA